AUAAUUCCACUUCACACGUUACUGUGUGACACAACACACACAAUUAACCAUGAUAUCAUCCAUCUUUUAUUUUCUUCUUCACAUAUUACUUAUCCAAUCAUCACAUGCUGACCUCCCUGGCACAUGGGAACUACUCGUCCCUAACGCCGGGAUAUCAUCUAUGCACACCGCCGUGACACGGUUCAACACCGUGGUCCUUCUAGACAGGACCAACAUUGGGCCUACUCGAAAACGCCUCCAGAAAGGGCGUUGUCGAGUAGACCCUCAGGAUCCUGUUCUCAAGAAGGAUUGUUAUGCUCAUUCAGCAGUUUUAGACCUUAGUACUCGCGAGUUACGACCACUUAUGAUUUUAACCGACACUUGGUGUUCCUCCGGCCAGUUUUUAUCUGAUGGGACACUUCUUCAAACAGGUGGAGACCGCGAUGGGGUUAGGAAGAUACGUAAGUUCGUGCCUUGUAAUACUACGUCGUUUUGUGAUUGGGAGGAGCUUGAGGAGAUUCAUUUAGCUCAAGGUCGAUGGUACUCGACUAACCAGGUACUGCCUGACGGGUCAGUGAUCAUUGUGGGUGGCCGCGCCACCAAUACUGUCGAGUUUUUUCCUGCUCGACAUGGUGGUGGCGCGGUGGAUUUUCCGUUUCUUGCGGAAACGGAAGAUACCCAGAUGGAUAAUCUUUAUCCAUAUGUUCAUCUUUUACCAAAUGGUCACUUAUUUGUGUUUGCUAACAACAUAGCUGUGUUAUAUGAUUAUACAAAAACUCAAGUAGUUCAAAAAUACCCAAAAUUGGAUGGUGGCCCACGAAACUAUCCUUCAGCGGGAUCAUCGGUGAUGCUCCCGCUAACAGGGGAUUAUUCUGCCGCAACUAUUGUGGUUUGCGGCGGAGCACAAUAUGGAGCAUUUAUUGAGAGGAGUACAGAUACUCCUGCUCAUGGUAGUUGUGGCCGAAUUGAGGCAAUGAAACCAAACCCGGUUUGGGAAGUGGAAGACAUGCCAUUUACUCGAAUUAUGGGGGAUAUGGUGAUGCUUCCGACCGGUGAGGUUUUAAUUAUAAAUGGAGCCCAAGCGGGUACACAAGGGUUUGAAAUGGCAUCUCAACCAUGUUUAUAUCCAUUAUUGUAUAGGCCAAAUGAACCCGUGGGUUUAAGGUUCAUGACAUUAAACCCCGGUUCAGUACCUAGAAUGUAUCAUUCCACGGCUAAUUUGCUUCCUGAUGGAAGAAUUUUAGUCGCUGGAAGCAACCCACAUUAUUUUUACAAGUUUAAUGCCGAAUUCCCAACAGAAUUACGAAUUGAAGCUUUUUCCCCUGAAUAUUUGUUGGCGGAAAAAGCUAAUAUAAGGCCGAUAAUUCUUAAAUUCCCCGAGGAGAUACAAUAUGGAAGUGGUUUCGAUUUGGUAGUUACUACACAACUACCCGUGGUUGGAAUAAUUGAGGUAAACAUUGCAAGUGCACCUUUUGCAACACAUUCCUUUUCACAAGGGCAGAGGUUGGUAAAAUUAGCCGUUUCGAGUGCAAUUCCGGAUGGAUCGGGUUCAUAUACGAUUGCUUGUACGGCUCCACCGAACGGAAAGGUGGCACCGCCUGGAUAUUAUAUGGUGUUUGCCGUAAAUACCGGUGUACCAAGUGUUGCAAAGUGGGUGAAGUUGCUUUAGCUUUUAUGCCAUUUAUUAUAAAUGUAAAUAAAUAGUUUCUUCCAUUAAAGCCUACUUAAAAUGAAAUGUGCAUAUGUUACUAAAUUAAAUUUCAUGUAAUAAUUUCAGAAAAUUAAUGUUCAAACCGUAUAAUUUAACUCUA